ACAACCAAACGUAGCAUUCAUGCAUCUAUACACCAUGUGUUCAGUCAAACAGUGAACAGAACGUUUUUUCAUUGAUUCUCUUCGCGAGUGGACCAACAAAGUAAACACAUAACAAAUAAAUACGAAGUUUCCGCUAAAAAACUGCAUCGAAAUCAAAAUUUCUACGUGAAAUCCGUGCAUAGGGAUACGAUCUAGCGUUAUUACAUAAUUUCGUUAAGAUAAGCGGUGUUAUAAAUUCCUUAGGAAGAUUUUAACUUUUGCUCCCAUCUUUCGCGAUUGCAUAAACCAAGGAACUUUUUGAGACGGAAUUCGCAGUAAAUACGUUUCAGGUGUGGAAUGGGCAACUAGUGGUGUGCUCAGGUGCUCAGCUAGAAACCCGAAAACGAAUGCAACCGGAAGGACUAUGUUGCGAGAGCUAAUUGCCUGGGUGCUUAACAACUAUCUCGGGAAAUAUGUAGAAAAUUUGAAUACGGCCCAGCUAACUAUUGCGUUGUUGUCAGGACAAGUAGAACUCGAGAACCUUCCACUGCGGAAAGAUACUUUUCGUUAUCUAGGGCUGCCACUUCAACUUAUCAGUGGAUCGAUCGGCAGAGUGAAGCUAAUUGUCCCAGUACGCCAGUUUCGAACAGCCCCAUGGUGCCUCAAUAUUGACGACGUUAAGGUAGUCUGCGGUCCGGUCGAUCUGAACGAUUGGGAUGCCGAGGUUGAACAGCAAACGGCGCUAGACUUCAAAUUAGCCGCUCUCGAUAGACUGGAGGCCAAAUGGCGUGCCCAGCGGGAAACACCUGUCACGGAGGGCAGCUACUACGUUUCCUCCUACUCAGGAUGGCUGAGUUACGGCACAUCCUUGAUGACAAACAUUGUCGAAAAUUUGCAGCUCCAAAUCAACGGUAUUCAUAUACGGUACGAGGAUAACAUAACAAUUCCUCAUCAGAGGUUUGCCUGUGGUAUCAAUAUUGAGGCGCUGUCUGCACAAAGCUGUGAUUCGAAUUGGGUCGCUGGACAGACUUCCAACUGGAACCAGCAGCAGGUGACAUUCAAGUUGGUUGAACUGACUAACUUUGCUAUCUACUGGGACCCCGAGGGUCGGGAGGAACAGGUGUACAUAAUUAAUCCCAUCAGCGCUAAAGCGCAGCUGAAACGUGAUCGGAGCGAAACUCCUCUACGAACGCGCAGCCGACCGCGUUUGGUUUGCGACUUGAUUUGGAACGAAAUCAAAGUAACACUCAGUGAUAUCCAAUACAACCAAAUGAUGCAGUGCGCUCGUGGUUUGGACGAUAUUGAGCGCUACCGUCGCUUUAAAUUGAACCGGCCUGAUUAUACCGUCCACGAGAACCCAAAAGCUUGGUGGCUAUAUGCGGUUAGAUGUCACGGAUUGUUACGCCGGACACAGUGUGAUCCAGUUGUAAAAGCCAAAGAAAACAUUCAAUACGUUAACACAUACAGUCGAGUGAUUGCUGAUCCAAAUGAAGUGCUUUCGAGCGAGAACAAGAAUUUCACAGAUCGGAUAGAGCGGGAACGGGACUUUGAUGAGUUGAAACUGCUUCGGGAUAUGUGUAUGAUGCGGAUGCCUUCUCUGGACACAAAGCCUCCGAUGAAUCAAGGGAAAAGUAUGCUGGUUCAUUUUUUCCCUCAAUGGUGGGGAUGGUAUAACAACAACAACACCAGCAGCACAGAACCACCGACGACCACCCUGGAACAGAAUGAUAAUUCUUCGGAACAAAACUGUGACCAGGAACAAGAUCUCAGUCCUGACAGUAGCAUCCAGGAUGAUAUCCUUAACGCCCUUGCGGAUUCUGUGGACACAAAUUCUUUGUUGAAAAGAGAUGCAGUUUUUGGCAAGUUUAACUUCCUACUCAAGAGGGGGACAAUAGAUUUCUGUAGUGCACUUGAAAUGAACCCAAAGCUGCAGUUUCAAUUUCUAAAUUUAAAGUUGGAUGUGGAAACAAGGCCACGUAGCGGAUCACACUAUCUAAGCUUAUCAUUGGGGACCAUUUGCAUAAAAGAUCGACUCACACCAAAUUCGCAAUUUCCGGACUUGGUGAAACCUCAAGCAGCGGAAGAGCUUACAAUCAGCACCAAAGGUUUGUCUAGUAGAGCACGCAGUCAGUCGCUUCAACAAAGCGUAUCGGAACCAAUAUUCGAGGUUCAAUACGAGAAAAAACCUCUUUCCUUCGAUACGGAUUACCGACUGAUGGUUAAGUCACAAUCGCUCGAUAUAGUGUACAACCCAGAUGCCGUCAAGUGGCUGAUUGAAUUCAUAACGAAACCACAUCAGCAGUACAGCACUCGACAGAAGAUGAAAGAUAUGAAGAAAUCGAAAAGAGACUUGAUGCGAAAUUGGCGCAAUAUUUUGGAGAGCCAUUUGAACACAAGAAAAACAUGGACAUUGGAGUUCGACAUUUCCGCUCCUCAGAUAAUCUUUGUCGAUAAUUUUGCUGAUCGACAGAACAGUACGAUUGUGGUGGUAGAUUUCGGUCGAAUGCAACUUACCAACGGAAAUCGGUCGCCCGGCGCGAGUUCUUCUGACAAUAAAACGAAUAAUCCCGAGAUAUCUCCCGAGGUUGUAACCGAAAACGACGAUGACGAUGCAUUUAUGACGCCAUGUUCGACUCCUCCCGGUUCAGAAGUUAGCACUACUCAAUCGCCCACCUUGGCGUCGGCCUUUUCUGAGCUACCCGAGCUGAAUGCCACGAACACAGAUACGUUGGACGAAUACGCGCUCUAUCAGAAACUCUACGAUCGCUACAAUAUACUUCUAACCGAUCUCCAGAUAUUGGUUUGCCGGGGGAAGGAACGUUGGAAUUUUGCGAGCAGCAAAGGUACUUCGACUUUGCAUGUGUUGGAUCGUUUCAGUAUUUCGUUGCAAUUGGAGCGUAGGGUCGUUUAUACGAUUGAUCCGCAAUAUCCGAGCUUUACACUCUCCGGGACGUUGCCCAGAUUGAAUGCACACAUCAAUGAGUACAAACUGUCCACGCUUUUCACUCUAAUAAACACCGUUAUGGAAAAGGGUUCGCCGGCGAAAUCGUUUGAUGCACCAGAAAAUGAUCAAUCAAUGCAAGCUGAUGCAACCAGUCAGGAACCAUUACAGAACGAUGAAAGCAUUACUGACACUAAUUCAGUAUACAGGAAAGAGUCAGCGAACAUAAUCGUGUUCCAAUUCUCCAUUGACCAACUUUCGUUGGAAGUACAAUCCAGGGGGAGAAGCAUAGCAGAAUUACAGGUGUCUGGGGUUAAGGCUGGCUAUAGUAAGCGACCGGAGGAUGUAACGCUGACUUUGUCUGUGCAUGGAUUACUGCUGGCUGAUGCCAUCCAAUCUUUUGGACCUGACUUUGAACUGUUAGUUGCGAGUCAUCGACACGUGGGUAUGGAUAGUUUAUCUGGAAGUUUACGUCAGAGUGAACCGUGCUCUCCGUGUUCACCGGGUUCACCUGAUCCGAAUGUGGAAAAUCGGAGACCCACUAGUCCUCUUACCAUUUCGAAAGCUUUGAGUAACCUCCAAAAAGAAGUGAUUUCUUCCACUUGGAAUGCUGCUCAAUUGGGGGACAUAGAUGCGCUCAUAACGGUGGAGAUGAUAUUCGUCAAUGGCGAGAAAGUGGGCGAAGAUCUGCAAGUAGCAAAUAUUCAAUUCAACAAUCUGGAUAUCAUCGCUAACCAGGAAACAAUCGCAGAGCUGUUAGGAUUUGUGAAAUGUGCAAUACCAAAAACACCACCGAAACCACCCGAACAUAACGAAACUGUCAGAGAGCAUGACUGUGAACCUAUAAAUUCACCGGAACCUGAAGCGUCAGGAACACCCGUUGCAGUACGGACCGAGAUCACGUUCGAUUUCCAUCGCUUGAAUGUGUUAAUCCUGCGGGCACUGAUGCGCGAUAGCUACAUAGUGGGCCGGAAGGUAGGCACAUUCACAAUGUCCGAAGCUAGGAUUCAUGCAUCGCUCGGGACCCACGUCACAGUGGAGGGUUCUCUUGGUGGCCUGCAGGUACUGGACCUCACUCCAGAGGGCAUUAAUCAUCAACGAAUACUCUCGGUGGGUAAAGAUCCCCUCACCGAUCCGCCCAAUAUUCAGCAGGGUCCAGAUCUGAUGACUUCACUAACCCAAGAGGUGUACGGAAUUCAACGUAAAGAAAGUUUUGACGAACUGCACGAAGAGCGACAGGCUCUCUCUUUCUGUGUUUCCAAAGACAUAAACGCUGUUAUAGAUGUGCGCAUUAAGAUGGCUUCGGUGUGGUUCAUUCAUUGUGCUAGAUUUAUGCAGGAACUGAGUUGGUGCGCCUCAGAGUUCAAACAUUAUCUGAAAAAUUUGGUUCGUUCUAUAAGAGAUAAAGCAACAGAUAUGGCACUUGGUUUGGUGCAGUCUAGAAACGAAUUAUCAAACAGCAGACCAGAGAGCAUGUACAAUUCACCGCGAAAAACAAGGAAAAGCAGAACGGCUUCUUUGUCGAAGCCCCAGGAUGUAUUCCUGCAUUCAGAAUACACAUUGAAAAUUGAUAUUACACUGGAAACUCCCGUGCUAAUAUUACCCCGGUCUGGAAGCAGUCCACAAGUAUUGGUGGCACAUUUAGGGAAAAUAACUGUUAGUAACACACUGGAAGCGCAGGAUACUCCAACAAGUACCAGUCAGGUUAAUUUGAUAACCACCAUUGUCAAAGAGGAUGACAGUAAUGACGCUCUGUACAAUUUGAGUGACUUGGAUGGAAUCUUCGAGCCAUUUGAAGAUGAACCCGAUUGCAGUAGAAUACGCUUUGCUAAAGAUGACUCCAUGGAGUUCAUCGAAAGUACAGUGCAGAAUUUCGAUGUUUAUAAAAUUGACAUAAAAAACAUAAACCUGUUUUCGUUGGAUACUACCAACCGUAAGGGUUUUCGAAUUUCAGCACUUCCUCGAGCUGAAGAGUUCUACUCUUGUGAGGAAAAUGCCUUCCCCAUAAUACAUGAUACAGUUUUUUCCUUGGAAAUAUCGAGAGACAACAGCGAGAUCGAUUGUGAUGGUUUUAAAAUAUCCGGUUGUGUUGUGAAACCGUUGAGGCUCUCCUUAAAACGUCAACAGUAUGAGCAACUUUUGGAAACAAUAGAUAAUAUGUUUAAAGUUCCCAAGGAUUUGACGAGACCUCCAACGGAAACUUCCGCUCCAGACAAACAGGUGGAUGUUAUGGAAGAAUCCACAUUCUCAGCAUAUCCGAUUGGGGAUAAAGUACGCCGUGGUCUCAUAUACCAAAGCAGCAUCGAGGAACGUCAAUCAUCGUUAAAUUUAAAAAUAAAUUUUGAACUGCCGACAUUCAUCAUAGAAUUAAAUGACAAUAAGAAUGAGUCGCAAAUUCGGAUCUCAUUCAGAGAUUUCUUCGUCGACUUCCAGAAGCGCAACAGCUAUGAAACGAAUGUGAAGAUCUCACUGCGUUCGCUUAUGAUGGAAGAUCUUCAACAACCAGACACCGCAAAAAAUCGCUUCAUGGUGGUGUCGUCCUCUCAGAACGAUCAAAUUGCUCGUCCGACAUCCUCCUUUGCGUCACAUUCAUGUCCCAACAUCGUAGGCUUACUGGCCAAUACAGGCGAAUUGCCUAAUUCACUUCCAAAUAAUUUGGAAGAUAAGGCAGGUUUCUACUUUCUGACAGCGAACAGAUCACUCUGUCCGGACACCCCUCCACCAUCGCCCUCGGUACAACGGCAACAGCAGCAGCAAAUUGGUAUCGGAGCCGACGAAACAAAUCUAGUGAUCUACACCUCGGUUAUGGUUGACCCAGCUUGUCCAAUGUUUGCCACGGAAUUCAACUCGAUCCAACAAAGGAGCUCCAUCGAUUUCAAUAGCCUUGAUCUGAUAGUGUCGGUAGAAAGCUGGUUCGUGCUGCUCAAUUUUUUUGGAUUACUAAACGAUGAUGAGGCUCCGAGCAGCCAGCCAAAAUCUUCGUUCGAACAAAUUCGUCGGGAAAAAACUCUACCCGUGGGUCAUUCCAAGUUAGACAUUUCCGUAAGAUCGUUGUCGCUAGUGCUGGCAAAACCGAACUAUGAAAUAGCCAAAGCAAACGUAUCCAACGCACAACUCACUGUAUCUAACAUCAAUCAAGCCAAGCAAGUAGAUGGUCGACUGGGAUCUAUCACUCUCAGUGAUCUUACACCCUUUGGCUUCAUAUAUCGCGAAAAGUUUAUGACAACAGGCAAUGAAGCUUUGAAAUUCAAUUACACACGACACGAAGCGAAAUCGAUUCGGCGUGAUUUGCAGAAAGAUGCGUUACUGAAAAUCGAGAUGUCAUCGGUCCGGUUCGUGCACACCAAGCGUUUUAUAUCGGAAAUACAACUGUUCUUCAAAGAGUUUUCUCAGCUACAAACGCCUGUUCUACGCAAAAUAAAACCAACAGACUCGAGGACCAAUCUUAGCCAGAGACCAACCCAGUUAGGCAUGGAAAUCAACGCCGGUGCACCGAUCCUGAUCUUCCCGAUGGCAUUCAAUAGCGAGAAAGUUAUCGUGGCGGAUCUGGGCGAGUUUACGCUGAAGAAUGAAUUUCGGAUGAGUAACGAUCGAGGGGUCAUCAGCGUUUCUAGUAAUGCGACAAUGGAGGAAGUACUGGACGUUAUGCAUAUCAGUUUGUUUCAUACUGACAUUUUUGCUGCCAAUCGAAUGGUGAAACCGGAUGGACGAACAAAUGCUGAACAACCAUUCGAUGGAGUUGCAGUGGACAUGAAAAACUAUUGGUUAGUUAAGCAGGGCCCUAGUUUACUCAAAGAAAGCUGCCAUCUCGAGCUACAAGUGGAGCGGAAUAUGGACUCAUGGAAUAGUCACUUUGUUCCAGAUAUUAGUGUGCACGGCAAGCUAACAAAACUGGAAGCGGUGAUGGAUCUUCAACAGUACCGAUUGGUACGCGGUUUUCUUUCGUACAACUUGGGCGAACCUUUGGACGAACUGUAUCUUCGUCCAAUGUACAUUCCGGAGAGUAACCUGAGCUUGAACACAGAUACCGAUCCCGUCGUGGAGGUUUGGAAGAAUCUCUCCAUCCAGCUGGAACUACACGAUGUAUCGGUCCGUUUGGAAUCAUCAGAUAGCGAACAAAAAUCAUCCCCAUUGGCGUGCAUAAAUUUCAUCAAAUCGAAACUGCUCGUCGAUUGUCUAAGCGAUGGUGCACAGGAUAUUGAUCUGGUUUCCCAGGAGAUACUCAUCAAGGAUACGCGGUUUGAUCGACCAUGCUCACAGAGUGAAAUAAAAAAUGUGUUUCCGAACAUACUGCAACCUAUCGUUAGUGACCCUGCAGCUGGGCAAGUGCAGGCUGAAAUUCACAGUAGACGCCGGAAGGAUAUGACGAAGUUUACUAUAUUGUUGAACAAUAUGCGACUGAUGGCGAUCUUGGAUUGGUUGGAGAGCGCCAAAGAUUUCAUACUGGAACAAGAGGAUCAACCGCUGAUUGGGCUCGAUUUGAGGAACCGUAGUGGGUUGCCAAUCCCGGAGCCAACCAAUCGUGCGCCCACCCCGACAGAAGAGAACCAAAUAGAAUUGAAACUUAAUAUAACGGAUUCAGAGUUGGUGCUGGUGGAAAAGACAAACCAAAGUGACACAAACGCUGUUAUCCUGAAGAGUACCACCGUUGUAUCAUAUCGUCCCCAUGAGAUAGCCAAAACGAUGUCUAUAAAUUUGAACAAUUUGGAGGUAUUUUCGUGCAUUUUAGGGUCGGAGGAUAACACAGCACUAUCGAUAAUCGAUCCUGUGACGAUCAAUAUGGAUUUGAGACGAGGUGUACUGGAUGUUCAACUACAGAAACAUCUAUGCUUACGACUAUCCUAUCAUGACGUGAAAAUGUUCCAACGGAUGCUUGAGUCUCUUCCGAGCCAAACCAAAAAUGCCCGCAGUAGUAAACAGAUAAGUUUGGGUGGAGAAACAGAGGCGAACACAGCGGUGGAGAAGUUAGUUUCCCUGGGAUUCAACAGAACGGAUUGUUUGGAAUCAUUGAAGAAAUGCAAUUUCCAAAUAGACGACGCUGCUCUGUGGUUGACGCAGAAUUCCGAGCCACAAAAGCGGGACUCUGGCAAUGCGAAAAGUAAUUUGAAGCUCGAGGCCAUACAGCUGAAGGCUCCGUACAUAUCAAUAUGUGUAAUCGAUGAUUGUCGUGAUGCUGAUGUUCCAUUUUUGGAGCUCUCUCUGAGCAAACUAGAUUUGAGACAGGAGUUUGGGCAGUGUUCUGUAGUGGCCGCGGAGAUAACUGAGCUGGAAACUGACGCUGCAGUGGAAGCACUCUCGACGAGCUUCUCCGGGUUCAAAACGGGGCGAAUGAUUGGAGUGUUCGCCAGCGAUUACUAUAAUCGAGCGCUGAGCGGAUGGGAACCGUUAAUCGAACCCUGGAAAGUUGAGGCCCAAUGGGGAUACAGUUUAGGGCAAGCGGCUAGCAGUCAAAACAGACUAAAUUUGAAGAUUGAGAGCAAUGACACGCUACGGUUGAAUAUCACGAGCACACUGAUCGAUUUGUACCAGCUUGUGAAGAGCAACUGGACGCAGGACUAUUAUAAUUCAAAUGCAAAUUCACUCUCCAAAAGUCCCGCCAAUUAUCGCCGAAGAACUCCGUUUGUCCCGUUUGCGAUAAAGAAUGACACUGGUGUGAGACUUUGGUACACUACCAUUGUCUCUACAGAAGUCUCGCGAUCAGUUACAAUGUCCGAUCCGAAUAUGCAAUGGACACUGGUUGAUCCGGAAGGCGUUAAGUGCUUCUCGUAUGCGUCUAUAGGUAAACAACGUCACAGAGAUACGCACAAGUUUAACCUUCACCAGAUAGCAGUUCGGGUCGAGGGUUGGCAAGAGGUCGGACCGAUUUCGGUGGAUCGCGUUGGAACGUAUUUUCGUCACGCUCGUGCUGAGCUGGUUGAUGACUACUCACAAACACCCAAAGCAAGGAUCGUGUUCGCUGUUUCGCUGGAAGGUUCCGCACAGAAAUUGAUUACUGUGAGGUCCGCGCUAAAGCUAAGCAAUAAACUGGAUAAUCCCGUUCUGGUGAAGAUGGAACACCUGUACGGACAUCUGAAUAUUCGCAACUGGCCAGAUACGAAAACUCAAAUACUCCACUCGAAUGAGGUGCUGAAUAUACCACUGACCCAUGUUCAUGCUAUUCUCUACUUUAGACCACUCGCUCCCAGCGUGUCUUUGUUGGAGGACAUCCACACGAAAGAGCCUCGAUCGGAGGAUUUGAACAAUUCGAGCGAAGGCUGGACUUUGUUGCAAAAUUUCAACAUACAAAAAUCAAACCAUAAUAAUCUGCAAUUCACCGAUAAAGGUGUCCGGUGGAACGACGCCAUGGAGAAUGGGGAAGUUUAUCAGGAGCUAAGAACGUGCCGAGGGAACCGGGAGAAAUCGUACAGAAUGUUGGUUACAAUCCGAAAGGAGGGUUUCCCCUGCAAAGAUGUUGUACUUUUACCGGGCCAUUUGAUUACUCUGUUGCCCCCACUGCGAAUACACAAUCUUCUACCGUGCGAUUUGUUGUACAAACUAUCAUCCGGUACACAAGGUAGAAUAGCGUCGUCGGAAGCAGCGAAAAUCACAGAAGUGGACAUGGAGCAGCAAGUGACACUGACGAUUACGCUAGACAGUUAUCCGGGAGCUGGUCAAAUAAUUAUCCCCGCAGGAUUUUACGGAUCAACUGAAAUGGACAUUAAGCUGUUCGACACCAAGAUACGAAUGUUAAAGCUCAAAGCAUUCAUAAUAGUCGUGAAAGGGCGAGGCAUCCAAAUUUCAAUCAGCGUCCCGUUUUGGUUGGUCAACAGAACAGGACUUCCUCUGGUGUUUCGACAGGAUGACUUAGACUGCGAGUGCGCUGGUCAAUUCUCAGAGAACGAGGAAGCACGUAUGAUUUCCCCCUUUAUGUUCGCGUUCUUGGACCCCUCCAGUUCCGGAAGUGUAACGAUGCGACUUGGGAAGCGGUUCGGACAGGCUCUAAGCUGGUGCCAACCAUUCAAGCUGGAGCAGGGAACCAAACAUCGGCAGCUGGUGGGAAGCAACGAAUCCUUUGUAAUCGGUAUCGACAUUCGUCGAGCACGCGGUCGUUACAAUCAAACGUCAGUGGUUACAUUCUCCCCCCGGUAUCAGUUGUACAACCGUAGUUCCUACAAGCUUCAGGUUAUACAGAAAUGUUUCACGGAUACUGUGCACGAUCCCGUUGCGAAAUCGGCCUUCAUUGAAGCUGUCCCGGGUUGCCACAUAGCGUUCCACUGGCCUCGGUUGGACAAAGAGCAAAAGCUUUGUGUUCGUCUGCCGGAAGUGCCGGAUUGUAUUUGGUCCGCGGGUGUACCAAUCUACGAGACCCAGAGUCUUUACAUAAACAUACGCACCGUGAACGGUGCUAUGAAUUUUCUGCGACUGGAGACUCUCAUGCAAGGUGCGACCUACUUCAUGAUAUUCAGCGAUCCUCAGUCUCUACCGCCACCGGUACGAAUUGACAACUUCUCGGAAGUGCCCAUCAAAUUCCACCAGGCGGCCAUCAAGCAUCAAUUCAAAACGACUGUGCGGCCUCGUAGCUCAAUUGCGUACGUUCUGGACGAUCCGCUAGAGAGCAGAUACCUGCAGUUCGAGGCCCCUGGCGGAGACUACGAAAAUUGUUCCCUCAAUGGAUUUGAUAACUUCCGCCUAACGUACGAGAAUUUCAUCUACAUCGCAUUUAGUCAGACGUUCGAAGUUACGCCAUCGUUCGAGUUUGGACCUCUGAAUGACUUCGAUGUGAAGUCACAACAGUUGGUUCUGGGUGUGGUGGACAGUCGGGUUAUGCUGGUACGAAAGCAAGCAGGAGACCGGUCUCAACUGUGGAGGAUGAACAACGAGAAGCAACUGGAACACGAGGGGUCAUCUCCGCCUAGUGAACCGGGAAAAAAGCAAGCUAGGUUCGUGCUGGAUUUGGAACGAGCACUGCAGCCAAUGCAGUUCAUCGGACUAGUUGUGAGACCAGCGAAUAAACUACGAAAAUCUACCCAAACUUGGCGUUUCACCGAGGAGGGACGUUUGAUGUGCGAACACUCGAAUAUGUGCGUACAGGCCAAAGAUGGGAUUUUUGGACUGCGGGCAGGCAAUGAUGCUGUCCUUGGAAUGUGCGUCUCGGAUACGAAAGCUUUAAAUCGGUACGGAGUUCCAUACGAUCAAGCCGUGAGCCGACAAAAGCUCCGCUCUGGCUCAGGAUGUCUGACUGUUGGCUUCCGCAUGGAUGGACCCAUCAAGUGCAUUCAAAUCAAAGAUAUCGCAAAUUUAUCCGGCGGUACACUCGCCUUGGACCCUUCGUGGAAGCAUGUCUCACAUAUAAUGAACAAUCACAGCGGUCGAAAAUCAUUCGAGGAGCUUACUAAAAAUGCCAAAGAACAAAACGAGUACUAUGUGGUGCUCAAACUGCGGAAGGGUGUUGGUUUAUCACUAAUCUCCAAUCAUCCCUGCGAAGAGCUUGCAUAUAUCUCGCUGGAAGACAUCAAUAUGGAACUCAUAUCAACACCAACAGUUGUUUCGGUAGACUUCAGCGUGGGAGACAUGCAAAUAGAUAAUCAACUUUUUGAAACAUCCUGCCCAAUAACUCUAUACACGAUCAAUCCACCUUCAUUGAGUGAUUCCCCCCGAAAGGCAAGUCUUUCCUCUCUGCAGUUGAACGCAAAGCUACUCCCAAGCCCGAACACCAACGCUAUCAUAUUCGAACAUUUCAUAGUGAGCGUUCGCCCCAUAGCAGUCUACCUGGAGGAACGUCUGAUCCUACGAUUAUUCAAAUUCGCUGGCCUAGCCAAAACCACCACCAGUGUGACCGUACUGCCGGACGAAUCGGAAUACGAAGCGCAGAAAAUCGUGUACAAAGUGCUCGACGCCAACGUGAAGCGAUACUAUUUCGGCGAUCUGCAAAUAGUUCCCAGCCAGAUAAGGCUGAGCUUCAUAACCACGUCCAAGCUGACGCCGGAAUUUGCCGAAAUAAAGCGGAAUCUUGGCUUCACGUUCAUCAAAUUUGAGGAUGCGAUACUUAAUUUCGAAAAAUUCACCCACAAAUAUCACUUCGAAACGAUGGACGCCUAUCUGAACGCGAUCAAGUCACACUACAAGCAGGAGCUGAAAUGGCAGGCGGCAUCCAUUCUGGGAUCGGUGGAUUUCCUAGGUAAUCCCCUGGGUUUUGCGAAUGACCUCACCGAGGGUGUAUCUGGGCUACUGCUAGAGGGCUCAAUUUCAUCGUUAGUUAAAAAUGUCACCCAUGGAAUAUCCAAUUCCACAGCGAAGCUCACCGAAACCAUUUCCGAUGGCUUGGGAAAAGUGGUUUUCGACGAGGAGCAUGUUGAAACGAGACAGAAAAUUUUAGAUGUAUCCGGAGGAAGCGGAAGCACCACUGGAGAUCACUUGGUGGCUGGUUUCAAGGGUUUUACUUUCGGUUUGCUGGGAGGAAUGACCAGCGUAGUCAAACACACCUAUCAAGGUACAGUCAACGAUGGGCUGUCCGGAUUUCUGACCGGCCUUGGGAAAGGACUUGUUGGAACUGUGACCAAGCCGGUGAUCGGGGUGCUAGAUCUGGCUUCAGAAACGGCCAACGCCGUAAGAGAGCAAAGUAAGAGUUCCAGUCGGAUUUUACCCGAACGAAAACGACAUCCACGCGUCGUAACAGGAGCCCCCGGAGGGCUCCUACCUCCAUUUUCGAGUCUUCAGAGCAAGGGCCAGCAGUACUUGUAUCUGAUCAACAAACGCAACUUCUCGGAACAUUGUAUGGCCUACGAACCCUGUCUGAUGGAUUCCAAGGACUCCAAAAUGCGUCUACUUAUAUCCGAUGAAAACGUUUGGGGAUUUUCGAAGGAUGACGACACCACUACGAUAGUGUUCCACUAUCGGCUCAGCGAGAUUAUCUCGUGUCAUCCGGUCGUUAAUCCUCCCCCAACCAUGUCGGAACCAAAUCCAAGGAUCAAAAGAACUACGUAUAUUGAGUUUUGUUUGUCGCUACCCUCCAAAUCCCUCACACCAAGUGCCCCCGAAAUGGUGAAGCGACCGAGAGUUCGUUGUCAGAAUGAAGAGACGGCUAAGAAAAUAUGCCACCAUAUUAAUUUUGCGAAGUGCAUAUACGAUGAGCGGGAGCAAACACUGAACUUGAACGCUGUGAUCGAUUCUUAAGUAAAAUACUAAAAUUGUUUUGUGUAAAUGGAAAUCGUACUUUUCAAAGAGAACAAAAAGUUGAAUUCACAAUAUUCCUUUUUGGGUUAUGAUGAAUUCUCUAUUGUAGUUA